UCCGGGAGACAGCGGAGGGAUGGGAGUCAGUGAACAAGAGACUGCUCUCUGAUUGAAAAACAGAGCUGCUGAGUAGUCACACAACCAGGACAGCUGCUGCUGCUGUGGACAUUGUAAGGGAUAAGAAUUUUACCUCCUGGAGUAGUUCAUCAUCUCUUUGUGCUCAUGUGUCUCCAUUCUCUGUGUUAUCUGUAGAACUGAGCUCCAGAUUAAAAGGAAAUUGCAGAAUGAUUGCAUCUGCCCGUCAGUCUGUGAUGAGCCUCUGAUUACUACAGAAAGCUUGAGUGAGACAGUCGGAUGAAUCGAGGACAAGUCAGUCGAGACUGCAAAGGGAGAUUCAUUAAACUGCUCUUCUCGUCGUAAGACGCUAUACCUUUUUUUGGAGGGUGCGUCUUCGUCUGUUUUUGUGUCUCUGCCGGGACCGAGACGGUGUUCCUGUGCCAGCAGUCUGAAGUGGCCGGUUGUUGGUUUCUGUAGCAGACAAAGCAGAGACACCCACACAGGCUAAGGCUGUGUUGAAGCAGGAAACCCUCGGAAGACGAUAAUUCUCCUCUCCUCUUGUCUCUGCAGACAUAGCUGACUACCCUGACUACCCUGACACUGACCUGACCACCCUGACACUGACCUGACUACCCUGACACUGACCUGACUACCCUGACACUGACUACCCUGACACUGACCUGACUACCCUGACACUGACCUGACUACCCUGACACUGACCUAACUACCCUGAUACUGACCAAGAGACUAUCCAGACUGAAAGUAGCCGUGUCUUAGACUGACCCACCACAAUCUUUAACCGGAGGACCUGAAGCCGUGCCUGGUGGCUCCCAGUCCCAGCCAGGAUGCAGGUGUCGUUAGUGUGUACGGACCACAACCGUGGAGGGGUGAGCCGCAGUACAGAGGAACGGCUCAACCACCGCCAGAAUGCCAACAGCCCCAACACAGGCACCCGCAACAAGUUCAGGGCUGUGGCCAUGGUGGCCCGUAGUCUGGGACAGCUCACGGUCCAGAGCCAGCCCACGUCCAGCGACCAGAGCAUACGGACCGGCAUGAAGUAUAGAAACCUUGGGAAGUCUGGCCUGAGGGUGUCCUGCCUUGGACUAGGAACAUGGGUGACGUUUGGUGGACAGAUAACAGACGAGAUGGCCGAGCAGCUUGUGUGCCUGGCCUACGAGAACGGCAUCAAUCUGUUUGACACAGCAGAGGUCUACGCUGCAGGGAAGGCUGAGGUGGUGCUGGGGAACGUCAUAAAGAAGAAAGGAUGGAGACGUUCCAGUUUGGUGAUCACAACCAAGAUCUUCUGGGGCGGAAAAGCAGAGACUGAGAGAGGCUUGUCCCGAAAACACAUUAUAGAAGGUUUAAAGGCCUCACUGGAGAGACUGCAGCUAGAGUAUGUGGACGUGGUGUUUGCAAACAGACCGGACCCCAACACUCCCAUGGAAGAGACUGUGCGGGCGAUGACCCAUGUGAUCAACCAAGGCAUGGCCAUGUACUGGGGCACGUCCCGCUGGAGCCCCAUGGAGAUCAUGGAGGCGUACUCUGUGGCGCGGCAGUUCAACCAGAUCCCUCCCAUCUGUGAGCAGGCUGAGUAUCACAUGUUCCAGAGGGAGAAGGUAGAGGUGCAGCUGCCAGAGCUCUUCCAUAAGAUAGGUGUGGGGGCGAUGACAUGGUCACCACUGGCCUGUGGGAUCAUCUCAGGGAAAUACGACAGUGGGGUACCACCUUACUCCCGCGCUUCUCUUAAGGGCUACCAGUGGUUGAAGGACAAGAUCUUGAGCGAGGAGGGCCGGCGUCAGCAGGCGAAGUUGAAAGAGCUGCAGGCAAUCGCAGAGCGGCUGGGCUGCACUCUGCCCCAGCUCGCCAUCGCGUGGUGCCUACGCAACGAGGGGGUGAGCUCCGUACUCUUGGGGGCAUCCAACACCGACCAGCUGAUGGAAAAUAUAGCAGCAAUACAGGUUCUUCCCAAACUAUCCUCCUCAAUCACACACGAGGUAGAUAGCAUCCUGGGGAACAAGCCGUACAGUAAAAAGGACUACCGUUCCUAACUCACCACCACGCCAGCCAGCAGGGCUGCUCCAGGGCUGCUCCAGGGCUGCUCCCGGGCUGCUCCAGGGCUGCUCCCGGGCUGCUCCAGGGCUGCUCCAGGGCUGUUCCAGGGCUGCUCCAUGGCUGCUCCAGGGCUGCAGCACAGCGCCAUGCCCCACCUUUGCCUGAUCCUCCGUUUGCUUGAGCUUUUACUGAAUUAGACCCCGGCGCAUGAGUCUGACCCCGCCUCAGCCACCCUGGGGAGCAUCAUGUAGACUUCCAGAGAAAAGGAUGAAGAAAUAGAGAGAGAUGGUCACAUCUGCAGGGAAGGAAGGACAGAUAGAAGAAAGAUGUAUUUUUAAAACUGAAGAAAAAUAUGUUUAUAAAAAACAUGCUUGCUUGGCAGCCAGAUAUUUCAUUUUUAUUUGCAUUUGUUUCUCUAAAUACUGAAUGCAUACCAAUGGAUUUAAGUUUAUACAAACAUACAACAAAAACUCUGUUGCACAUGUAUGCCACACAUGAGUUUUUUUGGAGUUCUGUUUAAUAUGUACAUCACAGUUUCUCUGAAACAGCUGUUAGUUUGUGUCGUCUACAUAUUAUCAGUGUACCAGCCUCCUCGCAGGCAGAACAAUCAGCACUUUACUAUUGUACAGUUCAGUCAUUGAGAGGUUGUAGAAUAUGUGAGAGGAUGAAAUAACUCAACUAUAUCACACACGGUGAGUAGUGUAGGAUCUCCUCCCCUGUUUCAGUUUCCUAUCUGUUCCCCUUAGUCAGUCUGGUCUCCACAGUGCUGGUUCAUAACAGACUGUUAUUUGACAAUAGUCCCUGGCCAACGGAAACACUAGUUGGUUUAAGUGGCAGCCCUUCCUGCCCAAUAGGAGUGAAAGCUCAGGGAUCAGAACAGUAUUUAAUGUCCAUGUCUUUCUUUCAUGUGUGGACACCUAAUGGGGACCUGUCCACUGUCAAACCAGGGACAUUUUCAAGUGGCUUUGAGCCAAAGAUAUUCUAACAUCUUUCAACGCCACAUCUAAGUGGGUGUGGCUUGUUGGAAGAGUAUAGCAACCAUCUUAAAAGCAUAUACUAUCCAGCUUAUUACCUAUUGACUCUCUUCACGUGUACAGUAUAAUCACUUGAUCAUGCUGUUCUAUGCUUAUACCCACAUAGACAGUACACAUUAAUUGUACACUCCUCUAUUUAGGGAAUGAUACGUUUCAGAAGGCAGAUGAUAAUCUAUACAUUUUCAAUAAUCAUAUACAUUGCACCCUGAAGACAUCUGCCGCUGCCCUCGUAUUCACUCUCUGGCUGUUAGGUCCUCUCUUACUGUGAGACAAAGCGCAAAGUGGAUAGCAUGUGAUACGUCCUCCAUGCAUGAGCCUUUGUCCAACAGCCUCUGGGGAUUAUUCAGACCAAGCAAAGUCAUGGUUACAAGAGUAAACUAACACGUGUAAAUAUAAGGAAUACUCACUCCUCUUUCGUAACUCAUUCUCUGGUUCAACGCGUUCAGUUUUCUAGUACUGUAGGUCAAGGUCACACGUUCAGUAAAAACUUACAGUAUCUUUUUUUACAAUCAGGGUCAAGUCUUAAUGUAUGCUAUGUAUGUUUUUGUAAGUAUUUGUUCGUUUUUUAAUUCAAUACUAUCAAGUAAAUGUUGAAAUGUAUCUUUCAUGCAAACAUUUUUAUUAGUGCUUGGUAAUGGAGUCGCAGCCAGUUAACAUAUUUUGGGGAGGUAUAUGCAAACCUGCGUAACAUGCAGUUCUUUAGUGAUAAUCCAUUAAUGUAACAUAUCUGAUAAAGUACUUAGCUGACUAUAUCAUACGUACUUAGCUGACUAUAUCAUAAGUACUUAGCUGACUAUAUCAUACGUACUUAGCUGACUAUAUCAUAAGUACUUAGCUGACUAUAUCAUACGUACUUAGCUGACUAUAUCAUACGUACUUAGCUGACUAUAUCAUACGUACUUAGCUGCCUAUAUCAUACGUACUUAGCUGACUAUAUCAUACGUACUUAGCUGACUAUAUCAUAAGUACUUAGCUGACUAUAUCAUACGUACUUAGCUGCCUAUAUCAUACGUACUUAGCUGACUAUAUCAUACGUACUUAGCUGACUAUAUCAUAAGUACUUAGCUGACUAUAUCAUACGUACUUAGCUGACUAUAUCAUAAGUACUUAGCUGACUAUAUCAUACGUACUUAGCUGACUAUAUCAUAAGUACUUAGCUGACUAUAUCAUAAGUACUUAGCUGACUAUAUCAUAAGUACUUAGCUGACUAUAUCAUACGUACUUAGCUGACUAUAUCAUAAGUACUUAGCUGACUAUAUCAUAAGUACUUAGCUGACUAUAUCAUACGUACUUAGCUGACUAUAUCAUACGUACUUAGCUGACUAUAUCAUAAGUACUUAGCUGACUAUAUCAUACGUACUUAGCUGACUAUAUCAAGACCAAUUUUGGUAUCAUUUGAUGCAAUAUUUCAUAAUGAAAAUACUGAUAAUAAAACGAGAUUUCCGGUAACGGAAUUACGUGGUAACGGAGUUAUAAACAUGCAAAAUAGCAUAUUGCAGUAAAAUGAUCUCUGUAUCGAUAUUUCUAGGACAUUUUCCUGAUUGAAUAUGUGUCAUGGAGCCAUAUGUGAGUCAUAAAAUGAUUCAAAAUCAUGUAAAGUAGAUAUUGUGUAAGUAUUGUUUCAUUUCUGGACAGCUGUGACUCCAUCACCAAACACAAAUCAAUAUUUUGCAUGAAAGAUAUAUUUGAACAAUUACUUGUUAAUAUUGCAUUAAAGCACUAACAAAUACCUACACAUGCAUAUAUAGCAUUAUGAUUUGCCCUGAUUAUAAAAAUAUAUGCCUAUUUUUUUAUAGUGGGAGUAUGACUCCGUUACCCUCCGCAAGGCCUUGCCCUUGUGUCAUUGGCUUGAAGGGAUGUCAAUCAUGGAGGGGCUGUGCUUCGCCUGUCAAAUUGAAAGGUGACGAUUGAGGGGAUAUUGAAUUACUAAAUCUUUUUGCAUAUUAAACUACAUACAAAUAUCCUUUUAGUUAUUUAAAUGUUUUUAGGUCGAAUACUUUAAAAAAGAUAUAUAAAUGAAAUCCAUGAAAUCAUUUUUACACAUUUAACCUUUGAAAAUAAUGUCCAAUGAACUAAAAAGGAUAAUGAUGUUCUAAUGUACAUAUUGGAGAUGUCAUUUGCUGUAGAAAAAAGGGGAAUACAGUCAUGCUUGAUUUUGUACAAAGUAACACUCGUGUUUAAACCAUCAUAACUUUAGACAGGAUACAGUUACAUACAUAAUGAAGUGUACUCUAGAAACUACACAAAGACCUUUAUCAUUGUAUAUAUGGCAUCAAGUAACUUGUAUUUUUUUAUGUAGAUGCUAACCAUGGUGUGACCUGGCCCUGUAGUGUCAGUGAGUAGGGCGAAACUGACAUGAUGAGUGAAGUGUAGAUGCUUCUCAGGCAAAGUGAAGAGGAGAUUUGGAGAAUCAGAUUGAGUGAGGUGUGUAUGUGUGGCUAACGCCUCGGGUCAGACAACAAAUAAUUGGCAUAGAUACAGAGUCAAAGUGUGUGUGUGGAGGGGAAAAAAAUCUUUCUAGCGUCUGUGUUAAAUGUGAACUGUACAUUUUGAUUUGUCUGGUACUAUGUCUUGAGGGAAUUAGUGGCAAAAGCCAAUGUGGUUUUCCCAGAAGAAGAAAAAACAGUUUCAUAAUGUAUCAUGAUUUUCUGUCUUACUGUCUGUCAGGUAAUGAGUGAAAUGACCGGAAAUUGUGCAGCAGAAAUUUUUCAUAAAAUAAAAAGCUCAAAGGCACUGUCACAAUGAGUUUUCUCUAGACAUAUUUGGUGGUCUUUGUCACACUAUCAAUUCAAUGUCACACGUACAUGCACAGAGCUGUGCACUGGUUUGUCUGGUGAUAACUGUGAUGGUGUUGAAUGUAGCUCCAUCUCGCCCCCAGGGCUGUGCUGUAGAGAGAGAGAGAGUCUGUGCUAUAGAGAAAGGCUGUGCUGUACAGAGAGAGGCUGUGUUGUAGAGAGAGAGGCUGCUCUGUAGAGAGAGAGGCUGCUCUGUAGAGAGAGAGGCUGCGCUGUAGAGAGAGAGGCUGCGCUGUAGAGAGAGAGGCUGCGCUGUAGAGAGAGAGGCUGCGCUGUAGAGAGAGGCUGCGCUGUAGAGAGAAAGGCUGCUCUGUAGAGAGAGAGGCUGCGCUGUAGAGAGAGAGGCUGCGCUGUAGAGAGAGAGUCUGUGCUAUAGAGCAAGGCUGUGCUGUACAGAGAGAGGCUGUGUUGUACAGAGAGAGGCUGCUCUGUAGAGGGAGAGGCUGCUCUGUAGAGGGAGAGGCUGCUCUGUAGAGAGAGAGGCUGCUCUGUAGAGAGAGAGGCUGCUCUGUAGAGAGAGAGGCUGCUCUGUAGAGAGAGAGGCUGCGCUGUAGAGAGAGAGGCUGUGCUGUAGAGAGAAAGAAUGCUCUGUAGAGAGAGGCUGCUCUGUAGAGAGAGAGGCUGCUCUGUAGAGAGAGGCUGCUCUGUAGAGAGAGAGGCUGCUCUGUAGAGAGAGACUGCUCUGUAGAGAGAGGCUGCUCUGUAGAGAGAGGCUGCUCUGUAGAGAGAGAGGCUGCGCUGUAGAGAGAGAGGCUGAGCUGUAGAGAGAGAUGCUGUGCUGUAGAGAGAGAUGCUGUGCUGUAGAGAGAGGUGCUGUGCUGUAGAGAGAGAUGCUGUGCUGUAGAGAGAGAGGCUGCUCUGUAGAGAGAGAUGAGCACCACAGAGCUCCUCUAUUUACAGGACCACUCUGGCAACACAACAGCGUGUGAAGUGCACUCUUGGAAGAGCUUGCUCCUUACUGACAUAGUGGAUAAUGCUAGACAAGCAGUGUGGAUGAUUUUAUAAGAAUUUGAGGUGUGUGAGUCAGGCUGUUUAGUGAGUAGACUCAUCGUUGCAGGCUCUCUUGUCUCCCUGUCCAGUGUUGCCUUUGCACAGCCACUGUUCCAUACAUAUCAUAGUAUUGAUGUUACUAUCAGCUCAGAAACCUUUGAAACCAGCCCUGUAGAUGAAUGAUGCUCAUCUCACAGAAUGCCGUAUGUUAGAGAUUAUUUUUGUAUGUUCGGGCCUUUAACGUAGAAGAAGCAGAAGAGGGAGAAUAAAAGUGUCUUUUUAUUUUCAUUUUCAACAUGCUGCAUUUUCCUCUUAAUAUUGUAUCAGUGUAAAGAUAGACAAAAUAAGCAAUUUAUUUGUAUUGUGUAUAUUGUGCAGAAUGCUCUCCAAUGAAUGCAAUGGCAGACUACCUUCUCUCAGUGAUGAUGCCCUAGCUAGUCAUCUCCUGUAUGUACAUAGUUUGACCUUUAUAUUUAUGGUUGUGGUCACCUCUGCCUUUUCUUUCUUUUCAUUUGCAGGCAUUGCUAACUGCACUGUGCUUCAAUCUGCAUUUAGACCAGAUGUACAGCUUCGUCUUUAAUGAAAUGACAAUGAAAAAAUAAGAAUGUAAAAACAG